AUGACCUCCAUCCUCUGCGGCGUAUGCAUCUUGAGCGUCGUUAUCGCUACUAUCUUCUUGCCUCGGGUCAGUUCAUCUGCAUUGUCUUUUUGUCUUGCCGAUGCAAAUGUACCAUUCAUGGUCCAAGGAUCAGUCGAUUGGAAACGAUCAAUUAGACCUUGGAAUGUAAGGCUGACCUAUACUCCCGCGGCUGUUGCAACCCCACAUACGAUUGAGCAGAUUCAAGUAGCCGUCAAUUGUGGCAUUAAAAACAGAGUACGUGUAACUGCCAAAGGUGGAGGCCACAGUUUUGGGUCAUAUGGUCUUGGUGGUGAAGAUGGACAUCUUGUGAUUGAGCUUCAGCAGCUGAACAAGGUCACUCUGUUCGAGAACGGCACAGCAAGGAUUCAGCCGGGAGCUAGGCUGGGCCAUGUUUCUAGCGAGUUGUAUAAACAAGGCGGUAGAGCUAUCCCACACGGGGCAUGUCCUGGUGUUGGUCUCGCCGGACACGCUCUUCAUGGUGGCUAUGGCAGAGCCUCACGAACUCACGGUCUUACAUUGGACUGGAUGACUGGCGCACGUGUCAUCCUCGCUGAUGGCUCUAUUGUCUUCUGCUCUACCUAUGAGAACUCAGAAUUAUUCUGGGCACUAAGAGGCGCUGGAUCCUCCUUUGGUAUCGUAGCCGAAUUUGAGUUCAAAACCUUUCAGGCACCUGAGCAUGUUACUCCAUUUACCAUUGAACUUCCUUGGAAUGAGCAAGCGGCAUUCGACGCUCUCAGCGCGCUGCAAGACUUUGCUUUGGUCGCUCCACAAACGUUCAACAUGUUUUCCUUCGUGACUGCGACAAGUCAGGUCAUCCAGGGGCUGUAUUUCGGAGACCAGGAUGGUCUCGUCCAUGGUCUGCAGCCUUUACUGGCACGUGUAGACACAACCGUCUCGGAUAUGGAGACUGUGGGAUGGCUCGAGGGGCUUGAGUACUUCGCUGAUGGUGAACCUUUGGACUCAUCCGCUCCCUAUAAAGCACACGGGACCUUCUAUACCAGCAGUCUUACGACACCGGCUCUGACUGAACAGCAAAUCAAGUCAUUAACAACAGCCAUGUUUCGGAAUAUCAAUAAUGCUUCCGCCCGCCACUCGUGGGAAAUCUUCAUCGAGAUGCACGGGGGACCCAACUCAGCAGUGUCCAUGGUUAACUCAUCUGCCACGGCUUAUCCUCACAGAGACAAAGUCAUACUCUGA